GGGGCGCGGGGAGGCGGCCCCGUGCGUGUGGUCGUGCAGUUUGAGCGCGCGGCGACCCCGCGAGGUUCGCCUGCAGGCCGCUGUCCGAACCCCAGGAGCAAGACUUGCUUCCCUGAGUCUGACCUGGGGACCAGGAGGCUACGGAGCUGCCCACUCUUCCGGGGGACGCUGGCGAGGGGGCCAUGGAGACCUCGACCCCGAAGCCAGAGGAGACAGCUCUUUCCUGUCAGGAUCCUGCUCUUUCUCUCAAAGAGAAUCCAGGGGAUAUAUCGGGUUGGGGUCUUCUGGAAGCCAGGUGUGAGGAAUCAGUGACUUUCAAGGAUGUGGCUGUGGAUUUCACCCAGGAGGAGUGGGGUCAGCUGGACUCCCCGCAGAGGGCCCUGUACCGGGAUGUGAUGUUGGAGAACUACCAGAACCUCCUUGCUCUCGGGCCUCCAGUCCACAAGCCAGAUGUGAUCUCCCAUCUGGAACGAGGCGAGGAGCCGUGGCAGGUGCAGAGGGAAGGCCCUGGAGGGUCUCGUCCAGAAUGGGCGCACGGGCCUGAGACGGAGGAGUCCUCCCAACGGCAGGACGUUUACAAAGAAGAACCAUCCCGGGAGCCGGCUGUGGGGCGAGUGCCGAGGCCCGGCCUUCACGGCGCCAGCCUGGGCGACGCGUGGGCAUGGGAGAGCCAGGCGGGUGCUCUGCGGCCGAGCCCUGCUGUGCGCUGGCAGCCAGCAUCUGCCACCCCCAGGGACGUCUCUGCGGAGCCAGGACUCGGGGAGUCUGAGGAGAACCUCCCGCUCAGGUGCGCCCUGUCCGCCCAGCAGAGCAUGCCCCCAGGAGGCCACUGUCCCGACAGACGCAGCAAGGACGUACAGUCCCCUGAGGACGGAACCGAAGCCCCGGCCAGGACGUGGGCCAGGGAAAACCCUUUCGAGUCCAGGGAGCCGGGUAAGUUCCCCCGCGCACCCAGGCGGGCAGCAGGCGCCGGAGAGGGCCCGUUAGCGUGCGGCGAGUGCGGAAAGGCCUUCCGCCAGAGCUCGUCGCUCACGCUGCACCGGCGCUGGCACGGCCGGGAGAAGGCCUACAAGUGCACCGAGUGCGGCAAGGCCUUCACGUGGAGCACCAACCUGCUGGAGCACCGGCGCAGCCACACGGGCGAGAAGCCCUUCUUCUGCGGCGAGUGCGGCAAGGCCUUCAGCUGCCACUCGUCCCUCAACGUGCACCAGCGCAUCCACACGGGCGAGCGGCCCUACAAGUGCAGCGCCUGCGACAAGGCCUUCAGCUGCAGCUCGCUGCUCAACAUGCACCUGCGCGUGCACACGGGCGAGAAACCCUACAAGUGUGGCGAGUGCGGCAAGGCCUUCAACCAGCGCACGCACCUCACGCGCCACCACCGCAUCCACACGGGCGAGAAGCCCUACAAGUGCGGCGCCUGCGGCAAGGCCUUCACCUGCCACUCGUCCCUCACCGUGCACGAGAAGAUCCACAACGGGGACAAGCCGUUCAAGUGCGGCGAGUGCGAGAAGGCCUUCAACAACCGCUCGCGCCUCACGCUGCACCAGAGGACGCACACGGGCGAGAAGCCCUUCGAGUGCGCCGACUGCGGCAAGGCCUUCAGCUGCCACGCCUACCUCAUCGUGCACCGGCGCAUCCACAGCGGCGAGAAGCCCUUCAAGUGCAACGAGUGUGGCAAGGCCUUCAGCUCGCACUCCUACCUCAUCGUGCACCAGCGCGUCCACACCGGCGAGAAGCCCUUCGACUGCAGCAGAUGCUGGAAGGCCUUCAGCUGCCACUCGUCCCUCAUCGUGCACCAGCGCAUCCACACGGGCGAGAAGCCCUACAAGUGCAGCGAGUGCGGCAAGGCCUUCAGCCAGAACCACUGUCUCAUCAAACACCAGAAGAUUCACUCCGGAGAGAAAGCGCUCAAGUGCGGCGAGUGCGGUGAGAGGUUCAGCUGGAGCUCGCACCUCCUGGAGCACCAGAGGCUGCACAGCCGGGAGAAGCCUUUUGCCAUCCAGUUCAACAAACACCUGCUGAGCACGUACUAUGUGCCUGGCAGUCUGCUGGGCGCAGGGGACUCAGAGGACCGGGACGUGGACCCGAUGAACGCACUGGAUGUGGCCAAGCUCUUGUGCGUGGUUCCGCCCCCAGCCAGCAGGAGUUUCCCCCUGGGGAGCAAACCUCGCAACUAACUUGGUGCAGCCACUUUCGGAGAGGCCCAACUGCGUUCCUUCCCAGCUGCACCGGUCCAGGCCACUUGUUCGUCCAGAAGCAUGAGCCUUGCCUUAUCGCCUGGUCAGGCGGACAUGCCGCGACACCUCCUUUAGUUAGAGUCAGUCACCUCCCUGCAAGGGAUAUGCUUCAAGAGGAGAGCCUUAGGGCCAUUUCAGGAAGCCCUGUCACCUGUUUUCCUUGUUGGGUCUGGAAGUCAUCGCCAAGGAAACAGAUCGUUCCUACAGAUAAAAAGAAGGUGUGUCAACUAUUGUGUCCUCAGAGGGGCAUGGUUUCUAGCUGGAAUUUCCUCUGUAAACUGGAAUGUUCAGAAUAAGUAUAAUAAAGUAGAAGAAUCAGGAGCAGUAUUACUUCCCAGUGAACACUGUUAUAUUUCUGGAGGGGAGAAUAAUCUUGGAUGGUGGGC